CCCCCCCACUCCGUCGUCAUGGCGCCCCCCACAGGUGACGUCAUGGAUAACUCGAUUCAGGCCGCUGUGGUGAAUCACCUGCGAUGGGACCUGACGGCGGAACAAAUCGAAAACCUGACCAAUGAGCUCAUUGAAAAAACCAAGCUGGUGUAUGACCGGGUGGGCGCCCAGGAACAGAGAGAGGUGUCUUAUGAAAACACCCUCAAGGCUCUGGCUGAUGUGGAGGUGGAGUAUACAGUACAGAGGAACGUUCUGGAUUUCCCCCAGCACGUCUCCCCCUCCAAGGAAAUUCGCGCAGCCAGCACCGAGGCAGACAAGAAGCUCUCUGCAUUUGAUGUGGAAAUGAGCAUGAGGCACGAUGUGUACCAGAGAAUCGUCUGGCUGCAGGAAAAAUCGCAAACUGAGUCACUGAAGCCGGAAGCCAAGCGGUACCUGGAGCGGUUGAUCAAGCUGGGGAAAAGGAACGGACUUCACCUUCCUGAAGAGACUCAAGAUAAAAUCAAAGCCAUUAAGAAGAACCUGAGCCUCCUCUGCAUCGACUUCAACAAGAACCUAAAUGAGGACACCACCUUCCUACCCUUCUCCAAGGAGGAGCUGGGAGGGCUCCCGGAGGACUUUCUCAACUCUCUGGAGAAGACGGAGGAUGAAAAGCUGAAGGUCACCCUCAAGUACCCCCAUUACUUUCCUCUCCUGAAGAAGUGCCACGUGCCAGAGACCAGGCGGAAGGUGGAGGAAGCGUUCAAUUGCAGGUGCAAGGAGGAGAACUGUGUGAUCCUCAAGGAGCUAGUAGACCUGCGGGCCCAAAAGUCCAGCCUGCUGGGUUUCAGCACUCACGCCGACUAUGUCCUGGAGAUGAACAUGGCUAAAACCAGCAAGAAUGUGGCUACUUUCCUAGACGAGCUGGCCCAGAAACUGAAGCCCCUGGGCGAGGAGGAGCGAGCCAUCAUCAUGGAGUUGAAGAAGAAAGAGUGCAAGCUGCGAGGCCUGGAGUUCGACGCCCGGAUCAACGCCUGGGACAUGCGUUACUACAUGAAUCAAGUGGAGGAGACCCGCUACAGUGUGGACCAGAACCUGCUGAAGGAGUACUUCCCCAUGCAGGUGGUCACGCAGGGCCUCCUGGGCCUUUACCAAGAGCUGUUGGGGCUGACCUUCAACCUGGAAGAGAACGCCGUGGUGUGGCAUGAGGAUGUGAAGCUUUACUCAGUGAGGGAUGUAGUCUCGGGGAAGGAGAUUGGGAAAUUCUACCUGGACCUGUACCCGCGGGAAGGGAAAUACGGCCACGCUGCCUGCUUUGGCCUGCAGCCCGGCUGCCUCCUGCCCAAUGGCAGCCGCCAGAUCUCCAUCGCAGCCAUGGUGGCCAACUUCACCAAGCCCACACCGGACGCCCCGUCUCUGCUCCAGCACGACGAGGUGGAGACGUAUUUCCACGAGUUUGGGCACGUGAUGCACCAACUCUGCUCUCAGGCCGAGUUUGCCAUGUUCAGCGGAACCCACGUGGAGAGAGAUUUUGUGGAGGCGCCGUCGCAGAUGUUGGAAAACUGGGUGUGGGAGAAGGAGCCCCUGCAGCGAAUGUCCAAGCACUACAAGACUGGCAGCGCCAUCCCUCACGAGCUCCUGGAGAAACUCAUGAAAUCUCGCCAGGCAAACACAGGUCUUUUCAACCUCCGUCAGAUCGUCUUGGCCAAGGUGGACCAGGCUCUGCACACCCAGAUCAAAGCAGACCCUGCCGAGGAGUACGCCCGGCUGUGUGAGGAAGUGCUCGGGGUCCCGGCCACUCCAGGUACUAAUAUGCCAGCCACUUUUGGCCACCUGGCCGGGGGCUAUGAUGCACAGUACUACGGCUACCUCUGGAGCGAAGUGUAUUCCAUGGACAUGUUCCACACCCGCUUCAAGCAGGAAGGCAUCCUGAAUGCAAAGGUCGGAACAGACUACAGAACCUGCAUCCUGAAACCAGGGGGCUCCGUGGAUGCUUGCGACAUGCUGAGGAAAUUCUUAGGUCGAGACCCCAAGCAAGAUGCCUUCCUUCAGAGCAAAGGACUGAAGGUGGAGAGUCCUUCACCACCCUCAGCCUGCUGAGGGGCCUCGCCUAGCCCCAGGCCAGGGUGGGAGGGUAGAUCGGGUGAGGUUCAUUGUCUCUGGGGCUGGCUGCUGGGACCCCACUUGACGCAGCACCCUUUGUCCUGUUGCCUUAAACCCUCAACAGGAGAGCUCUCCCCAGUUCGAGACUUGGGUUGAGAGGGGAUUUGGGUUGAGAGGGUAUUGGCCUUCCCUCCAUGCAAAUUCCCUUGGAAAAGAUUUCCAGAGCCUGGCCAAUGGGGUUUCCAUCCUCAAAGCUUGAAUUCAGCAGGUAGCCAUUACAGAUGAGGGGGUUGUCAGGUUUACCGUACUUACUUACAUAAUUGUCCCUCUUUAGCUCUAAUUUUUUUGACACUAAAACUGGGAAAGGGGGUCAUGCAAGUACCUAUAGGAAUUAAGUCCCGCAAUAAGGGACGGAUGAGGAAAAAACAAGAGGGGAGGAAGGUAAGAGGCCCCUUGAGACUGACUCUGAUUUCUGUUGCACUCUUGCAGGUGUUGAGUAAGCUAGGCACCCAACUGCCAUUCCACUGUCAGGUUCUCAACCUCCUUCUGCCCCUCCUUGUGCCUAUCGCUGCUUACAGGCAUGUGGCACAAAAAGUAAUCUUGUAUUUCCUCCUCAAAACCCAGGGUGGGCAACUUAUGUGGUAGAGACAAUUAUGUAAGUAAAUAUGGUAUUUGCCAUUUAGUAGGGACCUAUUGUUUCAGGGAGCUGCAGGCUUCACACUCAGUGGAGCCGCCAAAGACAGCAAGCUCAAUCUCUCCCCUCUCUCUUUCUCUCUGCCUGUCUUUCUCUCACACAGACAGAAUCUAAGCAAACUGCAGGUCUCCUCUUUGGUCAUCCUACCUUUCUGGAACUCCUUACGUGAUAGGAACCCCCUUCUGAAUAGCAACUGUUUCAGAGAGGAAAAGCAAAAUAGGAUUCUUUCCUAUGUGAUAGUUUAGCUUACAAUGGAUGAAAUCGUAACUUAGAGUUAGGGAUUGCGGUGGGGUGAUUUUUUUUUUUUUUUUGGUGUGUGUGUGUGUGUGUGUGUAUUUUUAGACGCUUAAUUUAGUGGGAGCUUGGGACUUCUGGGAAUUGAAAGCUGCAGUGUAUGAGUGUGUGUAGGGGUGUGUAUGAGUGUGUAGGUGUGUGUGUGUGUCUCACCCCUCUCUUCUCCUCCCCCGACCCCAAUAUACCUUGUGAAAUGAGAAGAAAUAACUUCUCUUUCCAAGGUGGGGGCGAGCCUUAAGCCCCCUCUGUGGUUUCCUUUAACCCCAGAGCCAUAGUUGCCAGUUUCAUGGUGGUAACAGGGUCCAUUGUCUCCAUGGGGUUGGGAGUGAGGAGGCAGAGUAGUUAGCUUCUCCCUUGUUCCUUUUUUGGCCGGGGGCGGGAGGGGAACCAGAGGAAGAGCCAAAAUGGUGGUGCCCCCUCCUCCAUUCUGUCAGAAAGAUGAAAACCCUGCCAGCAUUGCCACUUUUGGAGUCCUUACUGGAGAGGGGCUUCAAGCCAUUUUCCUGUGGGCUGGGUCUUGAUGAGCUCCGGGCAAUCAGACCCUCUUGCUCCCUGUUAAAUAAUUAGGGAAAAUGGAUGCAGGACUUAAAUCGUGGAGAAAUCACUAUUCCUUCUCCAUCUGUCUUAGCAUCUAGCAUCUAGCAAGUUCAGCAAGGUCCUCCCUGGAAGACGGUUCACUCAUUCAUUCAUUCAAUUGUA